GUUAUCUAUGGUGAUUUGUUUCGUGCACUUUCGUGAAUCGUGAUUAGAGAAAUUAAUUAAAUUUUAGUUAGACUGAUUUACGCGUAAAUGUGUUUAAAGUAAUUAUUGAAAGUGAAAAAGUUUUGUCUGUUUAUAUAUUGCUAUAAAUAUUUUUAAGUGAUUUUAGAGAACGCUUUCGCGUCAUGGCUCAUUGAAUGUACAUGUGAAUCGAUUUACACCACCUCAAGCCUCAAGAUGGCUGAAGUGGACCCUGAGACAUUGCUGGAGUGGCUGCUCACAGGGCAGGGAGAUGAGCGGGAUAUGCAGCUAAUUGCACUGGAGCAGCUUUGCAUGCUGCUGUUGAUGUCCGACAAUGUGGAUAGAUGCUUUGAGAGUUGUCCACCAAGGACCUUCUUACCAGCCCUGUGUAAAAUAUUCUUGGAUGAAUGUGCACCAGACAAUGUACUUGAGGUGACAGCUAGAGCAAUCACUUAUUACUUGGAUGUUUCAGCUGAAUGUACAAGAAGAAUUGUAGCAAUUGAGGGUGCAGUGAAAGCUAUAUGCAGCAGAUUACUCACAGUUGACCCAAACAACAGAACAAGUAAAGAUCUUGCAGAACAAUGCAUCAAAGUACUAGAGUUGGUGUGCACUCGUGAAGCUGGUGCAGUGUGGGAGGGAGGUGGCCUACCUUCAGUAUUGCACUUUAUCACGCAUCAUGGUACUUCUGUGCACAAGGACACGCUCCACUCGGCCAUGGCUGUAGUUUCCAGAGUAUGCGGCAAGAUGGAGCCGGGGGACGCUCGAGUGGGCGACGCGGUGUCGUCGCUGUCGGCGCUGCUGCGACACAGCGACGCGCGCGUGGCCGACGCGGCGCUGCGCUGCUUUGCCUCACUCGCUGACCGCUUCGCGCGUGCGCACGCCGACCCGGCGCCACUGGCCGAACAUGGUCUAAUUGAAGAAUUAGUUCGUCGCCUGGGCACGACUGAGAGCUCGGACGACAAAUGCCUCAUGCCUUCAGUCUCGACCACUGUCAGCCUGUUGUCAACGCUCUGUCGCGGCUCUGCGCAGAUCACACACGAUCUGGUGCGACUGGACUUGUGCUCGGCCAUCGAGGCGGCCGUGCAAGCCGACGAGCGCUGGUGCCUCGAGUGCAUGCGACUCGUGGACUUGCUGCUCGUACUGCUGUGUGAGGGGCGCCACGCCAUACAGACUGGUUCAAACCGCGUGGGCUCCGCGUCUGGAUCUACCAGUAACGGAGCGAGCGGUGAAGGCUCAAGCGGCACCUCCACACCCGCGGCCAUGGGCAGCCGCGGCGACAAGUCGCACCGCCAGCUCAUCGACUGCAUCCGGGGCAAGGACACCGACGCGUUGAUAGCCGCCGUCACCAGCGGCGCCGUCGACGUCAACUUCACCGACGACGUGGGGCAGACGCUGCUCAACUGGGCCGCGGCCUUCGGCACGAGGGAGAUGGUUGAGUUCUUGUGCGAGAAAGGUGCGGACGUCAAUCGCGGGCAGCGGAGCUCGUCGCUACACUACGCGGCGUGCUUCGGGCGGCCCGCCAUCGCCAAGGUGUUGCUGCGCUACGGCGCCAACGCCGACCUGCGCGACGAAGACGGCAAGACACCGCUGGACAAAGCGAGGGAAAGGCAUGAACAAGGUCACAGGGAGGUAGCAGCUAUAUUGCAGUGCCCUGGAGAAUGGCUCGUUGUCAGUAAUCAGGACUCGCCGGCUUCGUCUAAUGAUGAAGAUUUUCCAGAUACAGGCGAUAAGGAAAUGGCUGCUAUAUACCUGGAACGCCUAGUGCCCGUGUUCUGUGCGCGCUACAUCGGCGCGGGCGGCGCGGGCGUGCGGCGCGCGUGCCUGUCGCUGGUGCGCAAGAUGGUGCACUACGCGCCCGCGCCGCGCCUGCGCGCGCUGUCCACGCCGCGCGUCGCCGCGCUGCUCACGCGUCUCGUCGCGCAGGUGCUCGACGCGCAGGACGAGGCGCCGGCGCGGCACCCGCAGCCCCGCUACCUGCGCAGCCGCUAUAUCCGCCCGCCCGCGGACGACGACGACGGCCACCUGACCGUGUUAGGGAUAGCGGAGGAGUUGAUGAUCAAAGCCGCCGACAUUUAUCUGGAGCAAUUCGCGCGUCUCGGCGUGUUCAGCAAAGUGGAGGCACUCGCGGCGGCGCCGGCCACUCAUAUCGCGGCCGACGGAGAGACAGUUAUAGCCGCAGGAACCGGUGAGGAUGCAACGUGCCUGGCUAGUGGGUGUGCGUACUGGUGGGGCGAGUGGUCGCUCUGCCGCGGCCGCGACGCGCUGUACGUGUGGAGCGACGCGGCCGCGCUCGAGCUCAGCACCGGUUCCAACGGCUGGUUCCGCUUCCUGCUCGACGGCAAGCUGGCCACCAUGUACUCCAGCGGCAGCCCCGAGCACCAGACCGAUAACACAGAAAACCGUGGUGAAUUUAUUGACAAACUCCAGAGAGCGAGAGCGUCUGUAAAGAAUUGCGUACCACAAAGUAUACUGUCGAAACCCGGCCCAACCAAAUUGAUACUUGGCAACUGGGUACUAUCAUGUAAGAAGGAGAAGGAACUUCACAUACACAAUACUGACGGGCAGCAGCAAACAACAAUACUGCGGGAAGAUUUGCCAGGGUUUAUCUUUGAAUCGAACAGAGGAACCAAGCAUUCUUUUACCGCUGAAACAUUUUUAGGGCCCGAAUUGGCUAGCGGUUGGGCGGAUCGCCGAUCGACAGCGGCUAAUAACGGAAACGCAACACAGAAUCGAAGUCGUUUCUCUGCAAAGACUGAACAGCAGAAGGCACAGGUGGGCGAGCGUGCGCGCGCGCUGUACACGCGCCACCUGGCGAGCGCCGCGGGCCGCCAGCCGCGCGCGCCCGUGGCCCGUCUGCGCGCGCUGCUGGCCAAGCUCCAGCGGCUCGCCUCACAACCCGCUGGAGAGUGGCAGAAAGAAUUGAGAGAGUCCCUCGACCAGUUGACGGAGCUUCUAUGUGGCGAUGAGUUGUUAUCUGCAUACGAAUUACAAUCAUCGGGUUUGGCACCGGCGCUACUACAAGUUUUGUCGCCGCAAGCAAAUGAUAAGCCAGGCCAACUGGCUGAGCGAGAGCGCAUUGUACGUGAGUGGGCGUUGUCCGGCUCAGCUGGCGUGGAAAGCAAGGAGACGGAACGGGAUGAGGAGAAAGGCGCAGGAGGUACCGGCGCGGCAUUGGCGGCCCGCCUCGUGGGCGUGUUGGAGAGUGUAGAGCGCUUACCCGUGCUGGCACCCGCGCCUGAUGCGCCCGCGCACCAGCCCGCCGCGCUGCAUCACCUCACCAAGCGCAUCAGGCUGCGAGUUGAACGUUCGAACGAUGAAACAUCCGAAGAGUCUGUCACAAACAACAACGCUGGACGGAGCUUAAAAGUUGAAGCCCUAACCACUGUACGGCAACUGGAAAGAUUCCUAGCGAAGUGUGUCGCUCGACAGUGGUACGAUAUGGAUCGAUCGUCCUUCAACUUUGUACAGAAAAUAAAGGCUGAGGCGCCUAUCAACUUUACGUAUGAUCAUGAUUUCGAUGAAAACGGCGUGUUGUAUUUUAUUGGAAGCAAUGGGGGCACGUCCGAAUGGUUGAAUCCCGGUGCGCACGGGCUGGUGAGCGUCUGGUCGUCUGACGGCCGGCAGUUGCCUUACGGCCGCGCGGAGGACGCCCUCUCCAGGUCGCCAGAACCGCUGAAUGUCCACACCAACGACGACAGAAGAGCCUUUAUUGCCUUGGAUCUUGGGUUGCACAUAGUUCCUUCAGCGUACACAUUACGACACGCGAGGGGAUACGGUCGCUCGGCGCUCAGGAAUUGGUUGUUUCAAAUGUCAAUGGACGGCGUCAGCUGGAGUACGUUAGUGGCGCACGUGGAUGAGCAGGCGCUGCAGGAGCCGGGCAGCACGGCCACGUGGCGCGUGCGCGCCGACGCGGCGUACCGCUACCUGCGCAUACAGCAGAACGGCAAGAACGCGAGCGGCCAGAGCCACUACCUCUCGCUCUCCGGCCUGGAGAUAUACGGCAAGGUGGUGAGCGUGGUGGAGACGCCGCCGCGGCAGGUGGGAGGAGCGGGCGCGGGCGCGCGGCGUUGGUCGCGCGGCAGCCGGGCGCUGUGCGCGGGCGCGCGCGUACUGCGCGGCCCGGACUGGAAGUGGCGUGACCAGGACGGCCCGCACCCCGCCAUGGGCACCGUUACCUCGGAUCUGCACAACGGGUGGGUGGAUGUCAGGUGGGACCACGGUGGACGGAACUCAUAUCGCAUGGGCGCGGAGGGUAAAUUCGACUUGAAGGUGGUGAGCGGAGGCACGGGCGGCAGCACGGGUGGCGCGGGCGAGGGAGCCCGCUCGUCGCGCAAGAGCCACUCCACGCCCAGUCUACCUGAUGCCACGGCGACCGAUCAACAGGUGUCCGUGGCGUCGACGGAGCAGGCGUCGUCGGCGGACAACAUAUCGGAGGAGGUGGGCGGCAACAUGGCGCGGCCGCGCGGACAUGCCGCCGACCUCUCCGCCAUCAACACCUCCACGCACCAUAUCAACACAGAUCUAGCAACAAUAGUAGAAUCACUCACGCUUGGAGCGGAGGGCAACAACUGUAUGACUGAUUUAGGCAACACUUCCUUUACUAAUAUGGAAAUGGGACCAACAAGUAUCACUGAUAUCACAAAACCUUAUCCAGCAAAGGAACCAGUGCCAGAUUCAGCGGCUCAAGAGGAGAGCGAGGCGCGCUGCUGCGAGGGUGACGCCAUGCGCAACAGCGCCAACGCGCUGCUGUCCAGCGAGCUGCUGGCGCUGCCCGCGCUGCCGGUCUCGCUGCUGCACACGCUGCGCAACAACGCCAACCGCCUGCACAUACAGUGUGAAGAAAAUGAAAAUGGCGAAAGUCAGUUUGGCGAGCAAAAGAAGGACGCGCAAGCGGCCGGCGGUGCUAUGAGUGCCAGCGAGCCUGAUCUCACGCAACAGGGCGCAGCACGAUUGCUGGAGUCGCUGGGAGUAGUAGGACGGGGUAGCGGCGUGGGGCGCGGCGCAGCGAUACAGCGGGCCGCGCGUUCCAACCACUCCACUGGACUGUUCCCCAGCUUGGUCCGCCUCGCGUUGUCCAGCAACUUCCCGGGCGGGCUGCUGUCCGCGGCGCAGAGCUACCCGUCGCUGGCGCCCAACGCUCAAAACGCGCUCACCCUAUCCUUAACGUCUACUUCCAGUGAAAGCGAACAGGUGUCUUUAGAAGACUUCCUUGAAUCGUGUCGCGCGCCGGCGCUGCUCACGGAGCUGGAGGAUGAUGACGAAGGCGAUGACGCGUUGGACAGUGAUAAGGAGAAUGAACCCACAUACCAGGAAGUUGUAUCACGAAAUCUGCUAUCGCUGAUGGAGGAAGAGGCGCUGGAGGCGGUGCGCGGCGCGGGCGGCGCGGCCGCGGCCGGCAGCCGCUCGCGCAAGCCGUGGGACGACGACUUCGUGCUCAAGCGCCAGUUCUCCGCGCUCAUCCCCGCCUUCGAUCCGCGCCCCGGCCGCACCAACCUCAACCAGACUGUGGAUCUCGACAUACCCAUCAGUGAAGACUCGGACGUCGAGGAUUCAGCCCAAGAAACAACCAGCACCAAUACAAAGGCAAAAGAAAGUAAUGGAAACGUUUCUACUGCGACAAACAAGCUGCCUUCCCUGAGACUGGUUCUGAGCUCAGGAGAAGUUUGUCUGCCGCUCGAACGACCUUCCUGGACCAUUUAUAGAGCAGUGCUGGCACUUAACUCGCGCCUUCCCACACACGAUACGCACAGGGAUACAACAUACACGCUCACGUAUAAGGAAAUCGAAGGUGUAGAAGCAUUUGCAUCGUCUAGCGACAGUGAAGAUGAUGAGCCUGGUGAUCCAGCGGAGCGUGGUGUGGCGGGAGCGGACGGCGCAGAGUCGGCGGAGGGCUCGAUGGUGACGUGCUGCGUGCGCGCGCUGCGGCGCCUGCGCGCGCUGCUGCCCGGCCUGCCCGCGCACUGCUUCCUGUCCACCAAGCUCACCAACAAGCUGCACCACCAGCUGCAGGACCCGCUCACCUUGGCCGCAGCCGCUACCCCGCAAUGGUGUCAACAGCUGAACGAUUGGUGUCCAUUCUUGUUCCCCUUGGAGACGAGGCAAAUGUUCUUCGCGUGUACUGCUUUCGGAACUUCACGAACGAUAGUAUGGCUGCAAGCACAACGGGAUCGAGCGCUAGAUAGACAAAGAACUGGCAACACGGUAUCACCAAGGCGUGCCGAGUUAGAGGCUACAGAGUUCCGGAUGGGGCGUUUAAGGCACGAAAGAGUGCGGAUACCAAGGCAUCCUAACUUGCUACGCUCUGCUUUGCAGGUGAUGCAAGUGCACGCGGGUCGCAAGUCAGUGCUAGAGGUGGAGUUCGCGGGCGAGGAAGGUACGGGCCUGGGCCCCACGCUGGAGUUCUACGCGCUCGUCGCGGCCGAGCUGCAGCGGACCGAUCUCUCCAUGUGGCUGUGCGACGGACCCACGCUCGAGUCUGACCUCGCCCCCCUUCCUCUCACGUUGCCUGACGAGAAACCGGCGGGCUACUACGUGAUGCGCGCAGGAGGCCUGUUCCCGGCGCCUCUGCCGCAAGACUCUCCUAUCUGUGAUAAAGUUUGCAAAUAUUUCUGGUUCCUAGGAGUAUUUUUAGCUAAGGUUCUACAAGACGGACGCCUAGUCGACCUACCUCUCUCUGAUCCGUUCUUGCGAAUAAUGUGCGGCGAGGAAUUGACGAGCGAGGACUUGCAGGAAAUAGACCCCAUAAGGCAUAGGUUCCUUGCAAGUGUCCUUAAAGCGGCUGAGCAAUACGAAGAGUUAAUGCGAGACCCAUCAUUAUCUAAGGAAGAAUGCGAGACACAAGUAGCUGCAAUACGCGUAGAUGGCGCCAGUUUCGACCAACUGUCGCUCACUAUGACACACGUGGCUUCCAACACAUCGCCCGAGCUGGCCGUGUAUCCGCUGUGUGACGGCGGGGAACAUAUCGAGGUGAACGCUGCGAACGCGCGCUCGUACGCGGCGCUGAGCGCUCGCUGGAUGGUGGCGGGCGGCGUGGCGCGGCAGACGAGCGCGUUCCGGCGCGGCUUCGGCGCCGUGUUCCCCGCGCGCCGCCUUCGCGCCUUCUCGCCCGCCGAGCUGCGCCUCCUGCUGUGCGGCGAGCGCGGGCCUGCCUGGACGCGCGAACACCUGCUCGCCUACACCGAGCCCAAGCUGGGCUACACGCGCGAUAGCCCCGGCUUCCUGCGGCUCGUGGACGUGCUGGUGGAGAUGUCGUGGCGCGAGCGCAAGGCCUUCCUGCAGUUCGCGACGGGCUGCAGCAGCCUGCCGCCCGGCGGCCUGGCCAACCUGCACCCCAGGCUCACCGUUGUCAGAAAGGUUGACGCCGGCGACGGUUCAUACCCUUCGGUGAACACUUGCGUACACUACUUGAAGCUCCCGGAGUACUCGUGCAAGGAAGUGCUGCGCGAGCGCCUGCUGGCCGCCACCAACGAGCGGGGCUUCCACCUCAACUAGACACUACUACACGAUACUUUCAUCAUCUAUGAUUUCAGUGUAUUUGUCAACCAGGGAUGGUUACCGAAAUUAACGUUAAAACUACCGAAACAUUAUGUUAUGUAACGUUAAUAAUAGCGUUAUUAUAACAGUAUAAUUUAACGUAAUGUUUUUAUCGUUAUUUAAAUGCUAUUUUGUACAUGGCGUCGUUAGAUGAAUAAGUUAUAAUAACCGGUAUAAGUAUUGUUACUUGUUCGGGGUUGAAACAAGUCGAGCAUACUCCGACUAACACGUGAAUUCAGCCGUCGGACAUUUGUAUUUAUAAUGGAUAUCACUCACAAUAAUUUAAACGCUAAAAUUUACCGGUAUUAUCAAUUAUAUCAAAAUGACGGUAGGGCACAUAGGUAUCGUUAUUUUUAACGUUAACAUAACGGUAUUUUGGUAACGCUACUAAAAAUCUGGUGUUAACUGUUACAAGCAAAACUUUAUCCAGCUACUUUUAAUUGCCAAAAAAUAGUCAAAAGUACUAAAUAAAGGUUAGUCAAAAGUAAUUUGACCGAAAUUCCGGUCAAAACU